UCGACAAACUUCCAUCACUAUUUGUUUUGUUGCUACUUGUUUGCAAAUCUCAAACUUUCCGAUUUGUUUUUGAAACUUUAAAAAGAAAUGGGUGAAGAAACCAUUAACUCCACGCAAAACAAAACCAGGACGAAAACCACGCGACCCAAGGCAGUGUACUUGUGGACAGUCAGCGAUGUGUUGAAGUGGUAUCGACGCCACUGCGGGGAAUACACCCAAUACGAGCAGCUCUUCGCCCAGCACGAUAUAACCGGAAGGGCUCUACUCCGGAUCACGGACUCCUCGCUGCAAAGAAUGGGCGUUACGGACAACCGGGAUCGGGAAGCCAUUUGGCGGGAGAUCGUUAAACAGCGACUUAAGACGGACAUCAUGGAAAUCCGGGAUAUGGAGAGGCUCAACAUUUACUAGGAAAACCUCAAAUGUUUGGUUUAAUAUUAGAAUAUUUAUAGACUUUUAUCUAAGCCUUAUUUUUAAGAUUCUUAGACGCCAUAUCUCGUUUUAGAUUAGAUAAACAAGUUUGCUAUUAAUAAAAUAUAAAAAAUUGA